AUGUCACAAUCAGUUUAAAGUGUUUAUACCUUGAAUUUAAGAGUUAUUGACAAUAGAUUUAUGUAUAUCUGAUGAAUAACGAGAUAUUCUUUUAGCAGAAGUUCCGAUGACAGCUAUUAACAUGAAAACUUCGACUGCUUGCAGCUUGUUGAUGUUUUACUUUGAUGUUUGUGUACGUGAAGUACAGUCAGAGUUAGGAUUAAGUCUUGAACCAACCACACUUUCAUCACUAAACUCCCUGUCUGUAGACACAACUUCAGGGGAGGUAAAUGCUGCACAGUUUGUUCCAUUACCUUACCCCUCUAGUGAGCCCCAUAACAGUGAUAAACCAUCUUUCAUACAGCCAUCAUUCACCCAAUCUUUCAAUGGACAGAGAAAUAAUAAAUCACUAUUGAACAGAAGUGUAAAUCCUUCUCAGACUCUUUAUACUACUCAGAACUCAUAUAGUACAAUGGGAGAAGAUUAUGAUGUGCUUAAACUUCUAGGAUCCUCUAAGACAAUUCAUCAGAAAACCUCAUCUAUUGAAAUCACUUCUUCUUCACCCAUGUCAUUGACAACUCAACAUCAGGUCUCUAUGUCUCAACAACAUGACUUAUCUAAAACUUCAACUCUCAACACAGACCCUCUAGUAUCCCAAUGGGCUCUCUAUGACACUAUGUUAAAAACUGAAGGCUCAUUCAGAAUCCAAAGCUCAGCAGCUAUGACCAUUACAAGCUCAGCAUUAAGUUCUGCUUUAGUGUCCAGUACUAAGUUCAAUGUCUCCUGUAAACUGUGGUCCUGUCCCACACCAACAGAUAUAUGUACGCCACUAAAAGGAGGAAAGUUUCACUGCUCCUGUAAACAAGUUUAUGGAAGAUAACGAUAAUGGUAAGAGAAGAAGAUUUUGGACAAAAAAGAUAUUCUUUGAAUGAGAUGUGUUGCUGCCUCAAAUUCUCUCUCGUGAAGAACUGUCAUGACCAGCAUAUAAAAUACAUGUAACAUAAAUAAGUGAAUCCUAUGAUUUGAAUUUUGCUAAUUAAUGGACAUAUUUGGAAAUUAAAUUUUCUUUACUAUACAUAUGAACAUCAUGCUAUAAUUAUGAAUCUUCAUGAAUUUGAAUUUUGAUUACAAUUCAUUCACUAGAUGAACACAUGUAUUUUGAGCUCUGCCUCUCGUCCAAUGGAGAGAUUCCUAACAUUUGUAUUCUGCAAUGGCCCUUUUCACAAAACGUCUUAAGACUAAGGUAGAAAUUUGACAACUCUGUAAUUUUUUGUUUGAUAAACAUAUUAUUUUUUUCUUAGAUAUUUUUUCAACAAUGUAUUAUUAUGCAAUAGAAAUAGAAGAUUUUUUAUGUCCUACUGCAGUAUAGAUACUUGUUGAAGAAUGGGAAAAUUUGAGUCCUAGUCCUGAGAUUUUUUGUGAAAAGGGCCACCAACAUGUGAGAUUGGAAUAGAAAUCUUGAUAGGUGAAAAGUAACAAGAAUAUUUUUAUAGAUUCUACUGUGUCUCUUUUUUCCACUUGUGUUGUAUUUUUUAAUAUCAUAUGUUGUAUUACUGAAGUAGAUUAGUAUUUUUUUU